UUUUGGCUGAGUCACUGUUUCGAGAAAGUUGGCCGGCAGACACGGCAACCAUGGCGCCGGGCCAGUACUCCACCGAUCCAAAGCAGCAUACGCUGUCUCCAAUCGUCACGGGGGCCACCGUGAUUGGCAUGAAGUACAAGGAUGGCGUCAUCCUGGCCGCCGACACAUUGGCGUCGUAUGGUUCAGAAGCCCGCUACAAAGACGUGUGUCGAUUAAAGAAAGUGGGCGAAUACACACUGCUUGGUGGCGGCGGCGAGCUGAGUGACUUCCAGUACUUGAGCGACCAGCUCGACGAGAUGGCGGAUGAGGACUGGCUCAAUGAGGAUGGCUGCUUCAUGGGUCCAAAAGAGUACUCCUCGUACAUUGGCCGAGUCAUGUACAAUCGCAGAAGCAAGUUCAAUCCAUUGUACAAUCAGUUUGUGGUGGUUGGCAAGAAGAAGGACGAGCCAGCCCACUUGAUGUAUGUCGACCAUCAAGGAACGGCGUUUGAGGAGAACUUUGUAGCCACUGGCUUCGGCAUGCAUUUGGGAAUUCCACUGCUGCGCAACAGCUGGCGUGCUGACAUGAGCCUUGAUGAAGCCAAAGCACUGGCCACCAAGUGCCUUGAGGUUUGCUUCUAUCGUGAUUGCCGAGCCUAUUGCAAGAUUCACAUUGGAGUGUGUAACGGAACAUCAGUUGACAUCAGUGCUCCGAUUCCUUUGAAUCACUUCUGGGGCCAUGGUGCCUGGACGGAGAAGCGUUUGGAGGACGAUGAUCCCACAGCAACUUGGUAGAGCACCGAAUAUCUGAGAGAAAGGAUUGUCAGCAGAUUGAGUUUUAUCCGGAAUGUAAGCAUGGAAGACAC